GGACGCCAGCUCAUGAACAUCUCUAGAAUAGACAGGUCGAGAUACGGCGCGGUAUUCUUUAGCCAACCCUUGCCGACUGCCCGCUCGAAAACCCGUUAUCGAGCAGUCUGUACAUACAAUGGACACGCAAGGUCUGUUGCAAAUGAUUUCCACAUCACCCUCCGCCGCAACCGUCUGGUCCAACCGCAAUGGCCGCACACACCCCUCCGUAACAUCUUCCCACACCGAACAUUCUGCGCAGCGGUAGCCCCGGCCGGCGCUCGAAGUCCGCUGAGCUCGAACUUCUUUACCCCGUGCUCUGCGAGUGUGCGUAAUUGGAAGCGUACUACUGUGUCAUCCGCCGAGCCAGCCGAGAAAUCGCAUAACGCACACAGAUCGACUUCCUUUGACCGACGCACUUUGAAGCAAUCGAAAGACGAGGUUCUUGGGAUCGUCGAUUAUUACGAUAAUACUUCAGUCGAAGAAACUUUCCAAUUUUACAGGGAUCCUUAUUUCAGAAAGUAUGCAAAUCCUAAUGGGCCUGACGUUGUGGUUUCCGAUAAGCCGGAGGAUCUUGAACUUCAGACCAUCAGUGGUGAGCGACGUUUCGUUGAAGACGAAUUUGUACCGGCACAAGAACUGCGAAAAGCAAUUGCUCUUCGACGUCAAUAUCCCUCUCGGGUUUCUCUGGACACUAUAUGGGAACUCUAUCAUGCGCUUCCUGAACCCCGACCGGUACACAUAAGUGGCUACACACGUCAUGCCCUAACGGCUGCUUUGGGGUCUGUCGAACGAAAGGACCAGAAAUCCAUGUUAAGGUACUUCGCUGUAAUAGACGACAUAAAAAAUUCUGGGUUCUCUUUGACCAGCAUUCAAUGGAAUACAGCUAUGUCAUUUGCUACUAGCUACGUCGCGAGAACUACAGUCGUGGAAGUGGAGGCUGCUCUCAAACUAUGGCACCAAAUGGAGAAAGAUGCGGGAUUGAAGGCGACCGAGGUGACUUUCAAUAUACUUUUUGAUUCUGCAUCAAAGGCAGGCAAUUUCACCUUGGCUGAGAUGGUUUACGAAGAGAUGAAUCAUCGCGGCUACGCAUUUAACCGUUACCAUUACACUAGUCUCAUCCAUCUUUUCGGUCUCAAACAGGACUCAAGUGGUAUUAGGGCUGGGUAUAGAGAAAUGGUGGAGGCUGGUGAAAUAGUUGAUACAGUGGUCGUGAACUGUCUCAUUGCUAGCUUCCUCCGAUGCGGUGAAGAACCAUCUGCCGAGCAUGUUUACGAGAAGAUGAAGGCAUAUAAUAAGGAACUACCUACGCUACCCCACAGAGAUUAUACCAUGGCAAAAGCCAUUAACAAGGUCCUUGCAAUGUUUACUCGCGUAAGCAAAAAACAUCCUAGCAUGCACCCCACGUUUCAGAAGUCCGCUCUGUUAUCCCCGGACCUCCAAACAUAUCGCAUCCUUAUCAACCACUACGGGUUACGGCUUGGCAAUCUUAGCAAAGUCGCCCAAUUUCUCGAUGAAAUGAAGGCUUUCAUGGUUCCGCUCAAUGGCGUCGUCUUCCUAGCAUUGUUCCAGUCGUUCUCUGUACAUGGUGGACCAGGCUCUGACUGGAGCGCUCAAAGGCUUACUAGUGUCUGGAAUGCCUUCUUAGAUGCCUUGGACUCUGGGGCAGACGGCGUUUACAUCAGCACCUGGUUGGCUAUGGCUGCUCUCGAUGCGCACGCUCGAUAUUCAAACCACGACGAGCUGCUCGGUGUUUAUGAUUGCCUGAAAUCUAGAUGGGAACUGGACGAGAAAAAUACCCAAUACAUGCUGCAUUACUUACAUCUGCUACUGACAACGGGUCGCACAAGGGCUAACAAAUCACGAUGGACUUCUAGAUUUGGAUAGCAUAGCUCAAACCAUAUUAAAGUUUGAGACUUGCAUGUACUGUACAUGUAUUAACACAAAAUGUAUAUUGCUAGAAGAGUCAACAGCUUUUUUUGUUCGCGAUACCUCUUCUCACCUGUGUAUAUAUAAAUUAGAAAAGAGAAUUGAAUAGAUACAAGCCGUUGUCGGACCAGCGGGCAUAACUCAAUAUAGACUUGAAAGAUAAAGGGUCAUGUAAACAUGUAACGGUAGGGUCAUGCAUUUUUAUUGGCAUGAAAUAACUGAAGAUUAAAAUGGGGUUUACGUUACACUUAUGAUAUCCUAAUAAUCAAUUGUGAUGGAUAUUGCAUCUUUAUAUGAAAAACAUAGCUUGAAAGAACUCCAUUAGUGAGCUGCUCUCUUGCCAAACCCAGCUUGCACUGGUGUCAGUCAGUAGCAGGGAUAGGUCUCUCUGGUAGCCUGUCUUAGCAAAGCAAAGGAGGACAGUGUCGCUUCAGGCA